AGAGAUGGAUUGGUGGGUGGGGGCAGAUGGAGACUGCAAGAGAAAGAAAUAUUAGAAAGAGCAGCGGCCCCAGACAAAUAGAGGAGAAGAAGAAGAGAGUGGGACUGUAGAGACGGAUCCUGCUCGCUCCUACUGGUAAUGCGAGCAGGGCAGGAAAGGGACUACAGCAGUAGGAAAGGAAGCAGGGCUUGGGCAAUCAAAAGGAAGGGAGAGAGAGGGAGAGAGAGAGAGAGUGGUAGUUGUUAUUAAGGUGGCCGAGGGGAGCUGAUGGGAUGGCAAUGAUCUCCGGGAGCUGCCGGCUCUUGGGCCAGAUGGCGUCUUGUUGCUGCAGACCGUUCCUCAACUCGUCCUGCUGUCGACCGCUCAUCCACGUCUGCCUCUCCUCCUUCACAGACAUCUCCCCUGCCGAGCUGGAUGCUCUUUGGAGGGAGCCGCCAUACGGUCUCGGAGGAACAAAUGAACACUUCUCAGGCAACAACAUCAUGACUCAAGGUGAGGAAGAGGAAGGUCCAGUCGGAGAUUCAGGAGAAGGAGAGGAACAUGACAGCUUCUGGAAGAAGAAAGAGGCCUUUUCUAGAGGAAGCAAAGUUUCCGUCGGAGAGAAACUAUCUUCAGAAAUCGUGCUCCUGUUUACUGGGCGGAGGCGCUCCAAUAAUAAUCCAGACCAGUACCUGCAGGAGGCGCUGCGCACACGACUCCGAGUGGUGGAGAGCAACAGCCAAGACAUAACGCAGCUCUUCAAAGACCUGUCUGCUCGUCUAGUCUCUGUUCAUGCUGAGAAGGAUAGCUUUGUGCUCACAUUCAAGACUGUGGAGGAGGUCUGGAAGUUUUCAACUUACCUCUCGCUAGGUUAUGUUGCUCGAUGCUUGGAGAACUUCCUGUGCGAUCAGUCUUUCUGGCUGGACCAGGAGCUGCUUCGUGAGUUGGAGAUCAGUGUCACUGUAAAUGAGGAACAUCUAGCAACCCUCUAUCUGGGACUUCUGCUGCAAGAAGGAUCUUUCUUUGCUAAGGCACUAUUCACCAGAAGUGAGGAGGAUGAAGACAAUGAAGAGCAGCUGUCGUUUAAAAAGAACGACCUGCUGAUGGUGAGGGACGCGGGCCAGGAAAGCAUGUGGGAAGGCACCAUGCUCUCCACGGGGAACCACGGCCAGGUGCCGGUCAACGCGAUGCAGCCGCUCCCCUACCCCUUCUACCAGUGGUUCCUCAGGAAGUAUCCAGGCCAUGCUGGAUGCUCACCAGUAGAAAAGGAACUGUUUGAAAAUGCAAUUGUGACCGGUUCCUGUGAAGCCAUCGUUGACUACAGUCCAGCUGGGCCAGACGAGCUCCAGUUGAACCAAGGGGACACUGUGGAUAUCCAGGGUUUGCUGCUCCGGGGGCUGAGCAUCUUCAUAGGAAGACACACAUCCACAGGACGCACCGGAUUUGUUCACAGGGCCCAUGUCAAGCCUCUGAACACCAUACCCCUAGACAGACAACUGCUCUUUCUCACUGAAGAGGAGAAGUCCAGCUUUGCCCAGGUUAACCCGUAUAGCUCAGAGCCAAGCGACAGCUGCCUGCUGGAAAAACUUUUCUCGUCAGACAUCAGCUCUGUGUACAGGCUAGACAGACUGGAUGAGGCCGACUUCUUAUACAUACGGAAUCGGCCAAAGCAUGAUUUUAAUGGCUUUUCAAGCGUCCGUCAGAGUCUCAUGUCCGAAAGAAGUGAAGUGACGACGCUGUAUCGGUCCUCCCCUCGCACCUCUAUCUCUUUCUCCUCGCCACGCGUUUCCUUCCAUCAUUCCCAGAAUCCUCUGCCGCGGGAGGGAGAACGCGUCUCCUUCAAUCUGGAGGACACGUUUAAAGAGCUGGAUGAGUUUCAGGAGGAUCCCCCUCUCUUCAUGGAAGAGAACAGCUGGGAAGGGGAGGAGUCGGAGCUCAAUGACCCAACACUAACUUUGUUUAACAAGGAACACUUCCAGGAUGACUUCCUUCCACUGUAUGACCUACACUAUUCCUUCCUGUGGGUAACUUUCAAUGGCAAGAAUGAGGAUGAGCUGUCCGGACAUCUCGAGAGCGUCAGGGAGUGUGCCAAGAGGCUUGGCAUGCACUGGGCACAUCGCCGUGCCUGCUUUGUCCUGGGCAGACUUUGCGCCAGAAAGCUCAAGUUCUCCCAGGCGCGUGUCUACUACGAGGAGGCCCUAAGCGUCUGCGUCGACGGCUUCUCUGAUCUACCGCUCCUCAUGGCGCUCUUCACAAACCUCACUGCCAUCUACCUGAAGCAGCGUAUGAAUGAUAAACUGCCCCAGACCCUGGAGAAGGCCAGUGCCCUGCUGCUCUGUCUUCCCUGCCAUGCCUUCACGUCCACGGAAGAAGUCGAACUGCUGAAGCUUCUCCUGAGGAGAGCCGUCGUGUUGGGGGACAAGCUUUUGGAGGCUCGCGUCUGCUACCUCAUCUCUAGCCUCUUCUUAGUUCUUAAAAAGACCGAAGAUGCGCUGCAUUUCCUAGAACGUCUUCACUUUCUUUCGGUGACGCUGUCGGCCGCCGAAGGGGAGCCUAUAGCACCUUUGGACCUCAACUGGCUCUUGAGCUGGCUCUAUCAUCGUAAAUACAUGCCUCACCUAGCUCUGGCCUCCCUCAGCCUGGACUCAAGAGAGGACCACUCGCUUCACGAGGCCUUCCAGAGGAUCGAGUUGUUUAUCAGGAACUCUGUCCGUCUGAAUCCGCGCUGGAAGGAAGGCACCUCCCUUCUCCCCGCCCAGAUAGUGGUUUACCUGCAACAGGCCCUAGCUGUGGCCGAGCACGGCGGUGAUAUGAAGAUGCAGCGGGACCUCUGUUUGGGUUUGGCGUUGACCUACCAGCAGUACGGCGCGCUGGACAAAGCGGUACGCUGCGCUCACCAAGCUGUGGAGACAGGAAGCCAUAUCAAUGAGGAGGAUGGCUUCGAGGCUUCGGUGCUACUUGGUUGGCUGCUGGUGUUGACGGGUCAGGCUGAGAGGGCUCAGGGCAUUUUACAACCACUGCUCACGUCACUACAGAGCACGGACAGUCCCACUCAGCGGGGAGUCAUCCAUAACCUCUUGGCAUUGUGCCUGAGGCAUCGGGGCCAGGUCCAAGAAGCAGGUCUGCAUCUCCACUCUGCCCUGGUAAUCUCCAGAGAAAGUGGAAACCAAAGGAAUCAGGCUCUGGCGCUGGCUAACCUGGGCUGCCUGGCACUGGAUGCCGGGGCGUCCCUCCUUGCAGAGCGCUUCCUGGUUAGAUCUCUGUGCCUUUUUCUGGAUCUCUGGGAGAGUCCGACGGACGAGGAACACGUUCAGACCUACCUUUGGCUCGGGCGGAGCUACAAGGACCGGGGAAAGAGUCAGAACAUCAGGGUGUGCUAUGAAAUGGGCCUGCUAAUUGCACUGCAUGCCAGAAAUUUGCACAGUCAGAUGGUGGUAGCCAAGCUUCUGAGUCUGCUGUACGCCGACAUGCUGCUCUACGGCCAGAGCAUCGUUUACUACGAGCACUGCGUCUCAGUCUGCAGAGAGCUGAAGGACAAGAGACGAGAGGGGGAGUACCUGGAAAAGCUCAGCAGCCUCUACCUCUCGCUCAACACAGAGAAAUCGUCUCGUAAGUCUCUAGACUACACCAAACAGAGCCUGAGGAUUUCUAUUGAUCUGGGCAAGAGGGAGGAAGAGUCAGAGACUUGGCUGCAGGUGGGGCGAAUCUAUCACCUCAUCCAGGAGGACGAGCUGGCUGACAUGUAUCUGCAGGCAGCGGUGAAGACAGCCCUGAGGGUGAACGACCCUCGCUUUGCCAUGAGCAUCUACGAGGAGGCGGGAGAUGUUUACUUCAAAGGCCACAGGAACCGCAUGGCUUCAGAGUGUUUCUACAGGGACGGCAGUCUGCCAUUUGCACGGAGCAUCAAAGACGUCCAUUCAGAGUUCCGCUUGUUAAGUAAAUUGACAGAGCUGUUAAUGAAGCAAGGCGAGCAGGAGGAAGCUCUGCAGUACGCAACACUGGCUGUUCAAAUAGCUAACCAAACAGGAGUUCGUGAACAUGAGAGGACUGCCUAUCAUCGCUUGGCCACGAUAUACUACAGCCUGCAGCAGUAUGAGAUGGCAGAAAACUACUACCUGAAGUCCCUGUCCCUGUGUCCUCCCACUCUGCAGCAGCCCGCAGAGGCGCGCUACUACACCAAAGUCUACUGCAGGCUGGGAAACCUCACCUUACACAAACUCAAGGAUGCCUUCGACGCUGUGGGCUACUUCCAUCUGGCACUGGCGGCCGCUCUCGAGGACCAAGCUAACCCCGAGGCUCUGUACGUGGUGUACAUGAAGCUGGCGGAGAUCCAUGGAAACCACAUGCCCGACGUUCGGCUGUGCCAACUUUACCGAGACAGAGCUCAGAGUCUGAAGAGAGUUUUGGCCGGGGUACAAAGCUCCGCAGACGGAGAUCCAAACCAAAAAAGGGAGAAUCUCUUGAAUGCUGAUACUGGGUGUGGAGGAAGUUUGUCUGAUGGACACUCAACCGUUGAUUUUGUAACUGAAGAUGAGGGUUUUGUCAAAGAUACUGCCUCUAAGGAAAUAUUGGCAGACAUGAAUCUUGAAGGGGACUAUGGUGAGAAGGAUCACAGCCGCUGCCUUGAUGUCUCUGGCUCUGAGACUGACACCAUUGCGAGUCAGUCGUACAGUGACAGUGUCAUAACAGGGUCCUUCGAUACAGCCAAAGAGAACAUUUCGGACUCCAGCAGCUCCACCGAAACCUACCAGAAUCCGACUGAAGGGAAGGAUUCAGAAAUGGAUUCUGACCACAGCAUGCCGAGUCAAGUACCUGCAAAUCCUGCAAGCGAUCUCACCGGCCACCCAGACGCCAGAGACACCGACUCAGACGUACAAGAUGAGCAAAACACCCCGACUAAAGAAACGGGUGCUCUCACAGAUCCGACUCAAACCGAGUGUGAUGCUGGACAGAGGUGCACCGUCUCCAUGAACAAUGAAAACACUAUAAGUAACGCUUGGAGGCACAGAGAGGAACAUACAUUUUGUGACGCACGCAGCGAGCACACAGACGGCGACACAUAGCAUUCCAGAGACGCUCUACUUUCUCUGGCCGCAGGUUUCAAAGCCAGAGAACUUCUCGAAACGUUCCAGCCAACUGGCCACUUUUAUUUCAUUAUGCAAUGUCAAUACUGUAAAUCGAUCAAAGCAUGGCCUGUUUCCCCCAAUGUAAACUGCAGUUAUGACCGUGCACUGUAUAUGUAAGAUAGGUUUUCUAAAAUGCUGCAUAAUGUACACAUUAAAACAAAAUCUUAUUUUG